CUUUCACCCAGUUUGUCUCCUGCGAGCUCCCGUACCAUCGCCUUGUUACCAAGGCAGCCAGGAAGAAGCUGUGAGGACGGGAGCGGACUGAGCAGCUAUGGGCUCCCGAUAGGCUGCCACCAUGGGCACCGCAUCCUCUUUGGUCAGCCCGGGAGAGGUGAUCGAAGACGGGUAUGGGGGUGAAGGUGGAGAAGCCUGUGAGAUCCCAGUGGAGGUCAAACCCAAAGCCCGGCUCCUGCGCAGUUCCUUCCGCAGAGGACCUCGGGUGAUCGGGGCCAGUUUUAAGUCCACGGGCUCUGUGGAUCUGGAGUAUGCUGCAGAGUAUGAAAGACUGCGGAAAGAGUAUGAGAUCUUCCGUGUCAGCAAGAAUAACGAGAUCUCGUCCAUGCAGAAGAAGGAGGCCAAGCUGGAUGAGGAGAACAAGAGGCUGAGAGCUGAGCUCCAGGCUCUGCAGAAGACCUACCAGAAGAUCCUCAGAGAGAAAGAGAGCGCCCUUGAGGCAAAGUACCAAGCUAUGGAGAGAGCCGCCACCUUUGAACAUGACCGGGACAAAGUUAAACGACAGUUUAAGAUUUUCCGGGAGACGAAAGAAAAGGAGAUUCAGGAUCUCCUGCGAGCCAAGAGGGACUUGGAGGCCAAGAUGCAACAGUUGCAGGCUCAGGGCAUCCAGGUCUAUGACCCCAAUGAUUCUGACUCAGACGACAACCAAACCACUGUCACUGCUGCAGGGACACAGUGUGAAUACUGGUCCGGUGGUGUGCUGGGAAGUGAGCCCUCUAUGGGUAGCAUGAUGCAGCUGCAACAGACCUUCCGGGGCCCAGAGUUCGCUCACAGUCUGAUAGAUGUGGAGGGACCCUUUGCAAAUGUCAGCAGAGAUGACUGGGAUGCUGCAGUGGCCAGUCUCCUUCAGGUCUCCCCUCAUGUGCCCCAGGCCUUAUGGAGUAACACAGUGCGCUGCUACCUGAUCUUCACCCAGGAGACCAGAGCUGAGCUUGAUAUCUUUAUUAAGAAACACUCCCCUGUGUUACGGAGAAUGUGUGAGGGUCUCGGUCAUUUCUACCUGAACGUCUGCUUCCCAGAGGAGAACGCUGCCAAAUACGCUGUGGAGCGCAGGCAGGAGAUUGAAAGGAGCUCUGUGUGUGUGCUUCUUCUCAAAUCUGCUGUCACUAGCUCUGUGGUGGAGGAUUGUGAGGAGGCUUUUGUGAAGAAUCCAGAUGGCCAUCCGCUAGUGCUCUACCUCAGGACUGGAGAAGAUCACAAUUUGACUGAACCCACCAGGCAACUGUUAGAGAGGAUCAAUGCUGCAGACAAAGCUGCUAAAGUGAAGAUGCCUCACGGUGCUUGUGCUGACAUGUUUUCAACAUUAACCCAGGUGGUGGAUCAUAGUGGCUCUGCAGAGGAGGGUGCCGACCUGAUUUAUGCUCAACUAGAGAAAGUCAUCAAACAGGAGCUGCUGGGUCUUGAAGGAGCAGACGUUGACUCUAAGGACUCUGGUAUAGAGGAGGGACGAGAGGAAGACUCAGGAGAUGUGCUGUGGGACCUGCACGAUGAACAGGAGCAGAUUGAAUCCUACCAGCAAGCCUGUAACAGCACCACCUCCCAGUUAGGUUUCCAGAAGUAUAUAGAUCGUUUGAAUGACAUGAUUGCGGCUCCCCCUCCCACCCCUCCUCUGCUGGUGUCUGGUGGUCCAGGCUCAGGGAAGUCUCUCCUGCUCUCCAAAUGGAUCGAGCAGCAGCAGAAGCAGUCCCCCAACACCUUGUUCCUUUAUCAUUUUGUUGGUCGCCCACUUUCCACGAGCUCAGAGCCAGUUCUCAUUAUCAAACGCCUCACAGUCAAACUGCUGCAGCACUUCUGGUCUAUUUCUGGCUUGUCCAUGGAACCCAGUAAGAUCUUGGAGGAGUUUCCUCGCUGGCUUGAAAGACUGUCAGCACGGCAUCAAGGAAACAUCAUCAUCAUCAUCGAUUCUAUUGACCAAAUACAGCAAGCAGAAAGACACAUGAAGUGGCUGAUUGACCCUCUUCCCGUUAACGUAAGAGUGGUGGUGUCUGUCAACGUAGAGACGUGUCCUCAAGCUUGGAGGUUGUGGCCCACGCUCCACUUAGACCCACUGAGUCCCAGAGAGGUCAGAAGUGUCGUUAAUGCAGAGUGCCAGAGCAUGGAUCUCAAAUUUACUAAAGACCAGGAGAAGAAGCUGGAAAGGCACUGUCGCUCUGCGUCCACCUGCAAUGCAUUAUAUGUCACACUUCUGGCAAGGAUGAUCAUCAGUAUAUCAUGUUGGUCACUGGAGAAGAGCCUGGAGCAGUGUCUGCAGUGUCAGGACACCAUGUCACUCUACCGCCAGGCACUCAAGAUGACACUGAACUCCCUGAACACAGACAGAGAGCGACACAUCAUGAGAGAGAUACUGUGUCUGGUAUGUGCCAGCCAUAAUGGAGUGAGUGAAUCAGAGGUACUAGACCUUUUCCCAGAAGUGGAGUUGCCGGUCCUGUCCUCUCUGCUUUACCGCCUGAACAGACUCUGCUUUGUAACCCUCCGUUGUGGGCUCAUCAGGUUUCAACACCUGCAGGCUUGGGAAGCUGUGAGGUUGGAGUUUCUGGGCGGAGGAAGUAGCUCUGCUGCUUACAGAGAGAAACUCAUACAUUACUUCAGUCAGCAACUCAGCCAGGACCGGGUGACUUGGCGUGUUGCAGAUGAGCUGCCCUGGCUGCUCCAACAGCAGGAGGAUAGGACUAAACUACAGCUUAGCCUCCUGAACCUGUUUGUCUCCCAAAACCUCUACAAGAGGGGGCAUUUCUCUGAGCUGCUAGCUUAUUGGCAAUAUGUAGGCAAAGACAAAAACUCCAUGGCAACUGAGUACUUUGACUCCCUGAAACACUAUGAGAAGAGCUGUGAGAGCGAAGACAGCAUGACCAAGCUGGCAAACUUGUAUGAGACCUUGGGACGCUUCCUCAAAGACCUGGGCCUCCCUAGUCAGGCUGUAGCCCCUUUACAAAGGUCCCUUGAGAUCCGGGAGACAGCCUUGGACCCGGACCAUCCCAGCGUAGCUCACUCCCUGCACCAGCUGGCCGGGGUUUAUGUUCAGUGGAAGAAGUACGGCAACGCUGAGCAGCUGUACAAGCAGGCCCUGGAGAUAAGUGAGAACGCCUAUGGAGCCGAGCAUGCCAGCGUGGCACGAGAGCUGGAGUCACUUGCGAUGCUCUAUCAGAAACAAAACAAGUACGAACAAGCCGAGAAACUCAGGAAGAUGUCAGUAAAGAUCCGUCAGAAAACUGCUCGCCAGAAAGGUCAUAUGUAUGGCUUCACUUUGUUGAGGCGCAGAGCCCUACAGCUGGAAGAGCUGACCCUGGGAAAAGAUUCUGCAGACUGUGCCAAGACACUUAAUGAACUGGGUGUCCUGUACUACCUCCAAAACAACCUGGAUGCAGCCAAGGUAUUCUUGACACGCUCUCUGGAGAUGCGUCAGCGUGUCCUUGGGCCAGAUCACCCAGAUUGUGCUCAGUCCCUCAACAACCUGGCUGCAUUGCACACAGAGAGGAGGGAGUAUGAGACAGCUGAGGACAUGUACGAGAGGGCGCUAGACAUUCGCAAGAAGGCCUUGUCCCCAGACCACCCGUCGCUGGCAUACACGCUCAAACACCUGGCCAUGCUCUAUAAACGCAGAGGGAAGCUGGAAAAGGCAGUGCCGCUGUAUGAGCUGUCUCUGGAAAUCAGGGAAAAAAGUUUUGGGCCCAAACAUCCCAGUGUGGCCACAGCACUGGUUAAUCUGGCUGUAAUCUACUGCCAGCUGAAGAAGCACGGUGACGCCUUGCCUCUUUAUGAACGGGCACUGAAAGUGUAUGAGGAUAGUUUGGGGCGUUCACACCCACGAGUCGGAGAGACCCUAAAAAACCUGGCUGUGCUGAGCUACGAAGAGGGCGAUUUCGAGAAGGCGGCAGAGCUUUACAAACGUGCAAUGGAGAUAAAGGAGGCAGAGCCAUCGUUGGUGUGUGGGAACGCUCUGUCACGUCACUCCUCCAGCGGGGACACGUUCAGUCUGAGAGGACCUGCUCCCCUCCCACAUGUCCCGAGGUGACUCCAUUCAGCCACUUAGUGCCACGGAACAAUUAAAGCUGUUGUGACAGCUCUACCAUAGAAUAAAAAAUAAAAAAAAAACAUUCCUGGACCAUGGUUUUAUCAAAAAAAGGGAACCAUCCUGGUCAUCACACUGUGAUUGUUGCCUAGAUGGAGGUUUAAUAUACUGUUCCUGCCAGUAUAAUUAUGAAGUCUGCCGUAUUAGUCUGUGAAACCUAUGUAUUUGCCAAAAGUAUUUAUUAAUAUUUUUAACAUAAUCAAGUGUUAGGAACUUUGAACUUCCUUUUAAAUAAAUCCUUUUAUAGGUCUGGAACUCAGGUUUACACUUAAUCCAGACUGAAACAAACUCAAAAUAGAAAUGCCAUGAAGGUUUGUCAUAACCUCACCCAUCAAACAUGAUUAAUAACCAGACACAUUCAGUGCUUUCUAAUGCUCAUCACAUAUUACUCUAUGCACUUUCUCUUUUGUGAAUUAAGGAUACAGGUUCCAUCAAUUUCAAAUGACUAAAUUCAGUUUUUAAAAAAAGGGCUUUUCAAGUUAAGGAGAUGAAGUAUGAAAUACCAAACCUUUCAACAGCUCAGUCUGAUUAUGCUGUUACGUCUCACCAAAACUAUUCAGACCUCAGACAGAUUGGUUGCCAAGUCUACAUUCCUGAUGUCCUGAAUGAAGGAUUUUUAUAGAGCUACUGUCUCUCAAAUCAAAUGUGAGCAUUGUGCAAAAUUGGUACAUUUAUAUGUUGUUAAAAUACAAUUUAUGUUUACAUUACAUAAUGUUUACCUACUAGUAUCAAGUGUUGUAUGUAAUCCAAAAUUGUAGAAGAUAAAUGUUCAAAAUCAAGACCAUGUAUGAGGAAACAUCACUUCUGGUACUGAUUUCAUGCUGUGCUUUUAGCAAAACUUUAAUGUCUGUGUUCAUUUACAAAAAGUAUUUUAAUGGAUUUGCCAAAACCACGAUGGUGCCACAUGUUAAAAUACACUAAAGUAAAGAUUUAUUGUCUGAUCGAAUGUACAUGAAUCCAAAAUGGAAACUAAAACCUUGUUUCAUUGCUAAAUUUAGUGCAUACGUGCAUAUCUGACGUGUAUGUAAAAAAUGUAUUCAUGUGUUAAUGUAAAAUAGAAAAUCUGUACAGGACAGCAAUGAAAAAAGAAAAUCACUCCUCUCACAUCCAAAAUAUAGAGAUGAUUGUAUCCCAUCUAAUAAAUACUUUAUUGAGACAA